AUGGCCGAGCUCAAACAGGUCCACGGACAGGCGUCAUUCCUGGCCGCCCUACGACUCGCUGACAAGCACGUCCUCAUCGUCGGAGGAGGCAAGGAAGCCACCGGGCGUAUCUUCUUCGCCCUAGACGCCGAUGCCCGGGUCACGAUCGUAGCGCCGCAGACCGGCCUCACGGCCGCUGUGCAGCAACGCAUCGACCUGGGCCAGGUGCGCCAUCUGGACCGCAACUUUGACGACGCCGAUCUGGACCUCGACGGCGGUGUCUAUAUGGUCCUGUCCUGCAUUGACGAUCACGAAGAGUCGGCCCGGAUCGCACAGCUGUGCCGUGCUCGAAGCAUCCUCGUCAACUGCGCCGAUAUCCCGGACCUCUGCGACUUUUACUUCAUGGCUCAGUAUCGCGAGGGGCCGUUGCAGAUCGGCAUCUCCACCAACGGCUGCGGCCCUCGACUAGCUGCCCGCCUCCGAAGCCAUGUGGUCAGCUCGCUUCCUGGCGGACCCGAGCAAACAUGCCGGGCUGUUGAACGGAUCGGCAACCUGCGAAAGCGGGUCCGCGAGCGACAUGCGGACAUGAGCCCCGAGUCGGUCGACCGGCGCAUGCGCUGGUUCAGCCGCCUCUGCGACCAGUGGAGCUUUGAAGACAUGGCCAAGAUGACCGAAGACGAGGUGUCUGCUUUGGUGGGCAUUCCGGUGUCGAUUGUAUCGAUGGUCGGAUCCGGAGUUCGAGCUCUCCCGCUUCCGCUUCCGCUCGGGUUCGGCCGACGCGCUGGCAAGUUGAUUCUGGUGGGAGCAGGCCCAGGACCGGCCGAUCUGCUCACGCUCCGGGCGGCCGAGGCCCUCAAGACGGCCGACGUGGUUGUGUCGGACCAACUGGUGUCGCCGUCGGUGCUCAAGUUGAUCCGAAAGUCGGCCCUCAGGUUUGUGCCGCGCAAGGCUGCGGGCCAGUCCGACCGUGCCCAGCUCAGCGCCAACGACAUGUGCCUCGAAGAGCUGAAGAAAGGCCGAACCGUCGUCCGGCUCAAGGGCGGCGACCCGUUCCUGUUUGGUCGGGGUGGCGAAGAAGUGGCAUUCUUCCGUGAGCAGGGAUACGAGCCCACGGUUGUGCCUGGCAUCAGCUCCUGCAUUGCCGUCCCCGAGGCCGCAAUGAUCCCUGUGACCCACCGCGGCGUUGCCGACCAGGUGCUGGUACUCUCAGGCCGUGGCGAGAAUGGCGCCUAUCCAAACAUCCCGCCGUACUACGAGAAGCGUUCGACGGUCGUUCUGAUGUCUGUCCUGCGGCUGAAGGAGCUUGUCCAGCUGUUCUCGGAGCAGGAAUAUCCAAGCGCGACUCCCGUGGCUGUGAUCGAGAACGGAACUCUGCCGGAGCAGCGGGUCGUCACAGGCACCCUCGAGACAAUUGUCGAGAUUGUGGCCGCGGCAGCUGUGGGCAGCCCGUCGCUCAUCGUCGUGGGAGAGUCAAUCUGGGCAUUGAAUAGCCGGCCCGAGUCUGCAGAGGCUGUCAAACCAGCGGAACAUAGUUGA